AUGUCAUCAUUCUUGUCAGACCGAGGAAAGGGUCGAUUCAUGCGAAGAGUUUUGGCUAACGAACUUUGUGAGGAAUUGUCAAAAUGUCCGAUUUCGGAUAUCAUCGGAUGCUCGAUUAGCCGACAUUUGGUUGAGGAAUUGAUUUGGGUGGGAGCCGGACUUUUGCAUCAAGGAAUAUCAUUGGCAGAUAUUUUGAAUGGAUUUGAAGCAGCGCGAGAAUUGGCGAAAAACACAAGAGGGUGAGUUAACUUUUCUAACAAGGGUUCGCAAAGGUUUCCAGAGAUUUUCAAGCUUUUCAAAUUUUUUAUUUUCAGCUGUCAACGCAACUCAUAUUCCUAUAACCUUACGAAAAUUGUGGAACAUUUGGCUAUGGAAGUAUCCGGCUUUGAAGAGCCGGAAAAAAUUGUAAUUGGUGCAUACUCGAAAGCGCUUCAAAGAUUAGCCCCCGAUAUUCGCGAAAAAGCUCGAUUAGCUGAAGAAAAUUCUGAUUGUGAGAUUGAAUUGUCUGAAAUAAUAGAUGAAAUUAAAUUGGGUGAGUUUUGGGUUAUGAAACUUUUGAAUGAGAAAAUAAAGGGGGUUUUGUGUAAGCAUGAUUUUAAUGGUCCGAGAAAUAACUCCCAAGUCCAAAAAAUUCUACCAAUUUGGAUCAAGCUUGUUGAAAUUCCAAAAGAAUUACGCUGAAAAUCUUUCUGUUUUUCAAAAAAUCCCUUCAAACAGGUCCAAAAAUAAUUUAUACUGAUAUUUUUUCAGGCAAGCAAAAACCCGCGAAUGAUUUCGAGCUCACAGUCGAAACCAAAUCAAAACGGCUCAAUAUGAUUUUAUCAUUUCUGAGUGAAAAAUUGACGAUUGAAAUUGUGACUGCACGCCAUCUUGCUGCUGUUUCACCUGAAAUAAAAAAUAUUGUUUUGUGGAAUCGUAUGCACGAUCAGAUGAACAUGUUGUUUUGGAGCGAUUGGAAAACCUGUGAAUAUCGGAAAAAUCACCAAUAUUUGAAACGCCUCGAAUCAUUUUUUCGAGAAACUGGAGCCGUUUUAGGCGCUGAUAUUGAUCCGGAUUCUCAACAUACAAAAGGACUAAAAUCACUUCACAAAUACAUACAAGUGAUAAUCUACCGUGCAGACUGUAAUUACAGUAAUUCAAUAAUCAAGAAGUUGAGAUGCCACAAAACUCCAAAAGAUGAUGCGCCUGCCAAUUUGUGUGAUAGAUAUCAGGUGAGUCUGAAACAUUUUUAAGAACAAAAUUAGCUUUGAGGGGAAGUUAAGGGCUUUAGGGUGGCUUAAGGGAGCGCUAGAGAGCGUGGUAGUGCUUUAGGGAGCGUUUAAGGGCUUCAAUCAUUCCUAGAAUUCCUUUCUGAUGUGAGUACUGUAUCCAAAAUUUACAGUUGUUCAAAAACUACAGAAUUCCACAGUAUUUCUGGAUUUUAAUACUGUUCUUGGACAUUUUGGGAUAGAAUAAUUAUCAUAGAAAUCUCAAGCUAACAUGAGCAAUGCAUGUAGUUUCAUCAGAAAAGAAUGGAGCAUUAGAAACCAUGGAAGGUUCAGAAGCUUUCAAAAGCAUCCUGAACUCUUCAACAGCCUACUAAAGCCUAUUAAGCCUAAAUGUGAGCAAAGAACAUUUUUCAGACUGAAGACAAUGCCAAAUGCGACGCUCAAUCAAUUUUCAAACCACCCUCACCACCAAAACAUUAA